CUAAUCAAUAAAUCUUUGGUCUAUCUUCUUGCUUCGAAUCGUAAUAAUACUGCUCAAGAAGAGCCAAAAAUGUUCACAAAGACCAGAGAUGUUAUCAUUGUUGGAGGAUCAUUAGGUGGACUCAUGAGCGGAUUGAUGUUGAAGCACCUGGGACAUAAUGUACGAAUUUUUGAAAGAAGUCCGACAGCGAUGUUGCAGGAUCAAGGAGCUGGAAUAGUCUUCGGACCAGAAGCCCAAGAAUACUUCUCAAAACACGUCAAGAUCAAUCGUCACUUAUCCGUACCCAGCCACCUUCGCCGCACUCUUGACAGACAAGGAAAGGUGAUCAGUGAGAACGAUAAGCGACAGGAGAUGGUCAGCUGGGAUUUGCUGUACAGUGCACUGAGAGCUUGCUUUGAUGGCGUCAAAAGCGAUUAUUGCAUUGUACCAGAAAAGCAGACAGGGGAGGGCGAUGCCAAGUAUUUGUAUGGUAGGAAAGUAAUCAAUGUCAAAGACAGCGGAGAUCAGGUUGAGGUUGAGUAUGAAGACGGUGAGGGAAGAACACAGAAAGAAGCAGCGGAUAUGGUCCUCGCUGCAGAUGGGCCAAGCUCAACGAUUCGGAAAUUGUUGCUGCCAGAGGUGGAAAGGAAAUACGUGGGGUAUGUUGCUUGGAGGGGUACAGUGCCUGAGAAUGAAGCUUCGGAUCUGAUGAAGGAGACGUUCGUGGAUCACUUCAUGUUCUAUCAUGCUCCCGGAUGUCAAAUAUUGGCCUAUCUCAUUCCAGGCAAGAACGGAAGCGUUGAGCGUGGAUCGAGACUUAUGAAUUGGGUGUGGUACUGCAACUACGCCGAAGACUCGCCCGAGUACCAAGAUCUGAUGACGGACGUGGAUGGGCAUCGGCACCACUUCUCGAUGCCAGUUGGGAAGAUCAAACCUCAUCUCCAAGAGCAGAUUAAGCGAACUGCCACCGAAGACCUCCCCACAGCGUUUGCAGAGCUGGUUCGCAAUACGGAACAACCGUUCGUGCAGUGCAUAACGGAUGUCAUUUCGCCUCGAAUGUCAUUUUUCGAUACCAAGUUGUUACUUAUGGGAGAUGCGAUUGCUGGGUUCCGUCCUCAUACAGCGGCUAGUACAAGUCAGGCGGCCUACGAUGCUUUGUUGUUGGAGAAGAGGAUGAGAGGUGAGAUCUCGGAGGAAGAGAUGGAGCAUGAUAUAAUGGAUUAUGCGAAACACCUUACAGCAGGUGGUAUUCGUAUGGGAAACAGAAGCCAGUUUGGUAAUGAGGGUAUUGAUUUGAAGGAAAUCGCAACUUCCGUGCGGCUAUCUCAUUAA